AUGCAUGAACUAGAAGGAUUCGCCGAUGUGGAGCUUACUACCAAGGAGAGUGGAAUCUGGGCUGUUCCUCCUUACUUUAUUGACAGCGUGGCACACUUGGCCGGGUUCACCAUGAACUGCUCCGAUGCCAUAGACACGCAAAGCAAUUACUGUGUCACUCCGGGUUGGGACUCAAUGCGAUUCGCGAAGCCCCUGGUCCCGGGGGGCAAGUACCAUUCCUACGUCAAGAUGGUUCCGACUGUUGAGGACCCGAUUUACUUUGGUGAUGUGUAUGGUAUGCAAGACAAUAUCAUCAUCGGCGUUGUCAAUGGUAUCCAAUUUCGUCGCUAUCCGCGUAUUCUACUCAGCCGUUUUCUCUCUCCCCCGGAUAAAAUGGCUGCUAUCGACGAUAAGCCAAAACCUGCUGCUGCUCAAGCUAUAACAAUAAAAUCAAGAUCUGCCACCCCGAUGCCAAACCGUCUCGGAAGCGAUGAUGAGAAUAUUAGCCCUCCCACUUCGGCGCCAGCUCCGUCAAAGGGAGUUGCAGCCGCAGCCGAAUCUCCAUCCAUCAAGGAUGCCGCGGAGUCUGGCAGUAUCACUGCUAAGGCAAUCCUGCUCAUUGCCAACGAAACAGGCCUGGAUCUCUCUGAAAUGACGGAUGAUGCCGGUUUCGGGGACUUAGACAUUGACAGUUUAAUGUCGCUGGUAAUCGCGGAAAAGUUCAGAACUGAGCUGAAUAUCAAGGUCAACGGCAGCCUAUUCUUAGACUACGAGACAAUUGGAGAUCUACGGGAAUGGUUGGGUGAAUAUUACAAUUAG